AUGGCGAGUCAGGCACCCCAGCGGGUGCGCCCGCUCCUGUCGAUGACCGUGACCAAGCCGAGCACGAGCGUGCGCCGCUCGCAGCGGCUGGGUCACGGCGCCAAGGCUGCCGCGCUUGCAGCGGCGCCGGGCGCGCCGGUGCCGACGCCCAAGCCCGCGCCGGCCGACGAUCUCGCGCUCGAGCCGCCGCCGAAAAAGGCACGCACCACCAAGCGCGCGCCUGCCGCGCCUGCAGAGGAGCCGCCGCUGCUUACGCGUGAAGAGUCUGCGCUGUGCACGACGCUGCAGCAGCCCAAGCUGCCGUUUGAUCUCGAUGUGGCCCGGGCGUUUUUGUGCGACAAGGACCCUCGUUUCGAGCCGCUCUUCCAGCAGCUCGACCUCAAAAUGUACAACGAGCUGCGCGACGGCGAGCUGAAAGAGCUCAACCUGUUUCGCGUGCUCACCACCUCGAUUCUCGGCCAGCAGAUUUCGUGGCUCGCCGCCCGCAGCAUCAACUACAAAUUCUGCCGCACCUUUGCGCCACACCUCGACGAGCAGCCCGACUUUGGCACACUCGACCGCGAGAAGCUCCCGUUUCCGACGCCCCACGACAUUCUCGACGCGAGCGACGAGCAGCUGCGCAGCGCGGGCCUCAGCAAUGCCAAGGUCAAGUACGUGCGCGACCUGGCGCGGCGCUUUGCCGACGGCCGUCUCGACGUCCGCCGCAUCGUGCACAUGAGCCACGACGAGUGCAUCGACGAGCUGACGCAGGUCAAAGGCGUCGGCCGCUGGACCGCCGAGAUGAUGCUCAUGUUUGCGCUGCGCUUCCCCGACGUGCUGCCGGUCGGCGACCUCGGCGUACAGCGCGGCAUGGUCUACUUUUACACGUCCGGCGCACAGGGGCCCGUCGUCAGCGACCGCAAGAAGAAGCAGGACGCGGCGGUGCCUGUCGAGCCCACCGACGCCGAGGCGAUGCCGCUGCCGAGCGCGAACCUCUCGCACGCCACGCUCCGCUCACGGGCGCAAGGCAACAAGACAAAGAAGAACAUGUACCUCGACGCACACGAGAUGGAGGAGCUCGCGGCGCCAUGGGCACCGUACCGCUCGGUCGCAAGCAUGUUUAUGUGGUCGCUGGUCGACAAUUAG